AUGCGGGGACCUGUCGCCUUUAUUCGAAGGGCUGUGCAGUCUCGCAGAGGGGUUAACAUUGCUGACUCAGCGCUCAACAACAUGGCACAAGAAGGGCACGAUGACUAUUGCCUGCAGAGCUACAGCUACAGGUUCAGCCCCACGUUGCUGGAGGGCAGAGUUGCCUUCAUAACAGGAGGAGGGUCUGGGAUAGGGUUCAGGAUUGCUGAGCUGUUCAUGAGGCACGGCUGUGACACAGUCAUAGCCAGCAGAAACCUCGGGAAACUUGAGGAUGCUGCUGAACAGUUAACAAAGGCUACCGGAAGAAAGUGCUUGACGUACCAACUUGAUGUGAGAAAGUACGACCAGAUAUGUGAUGUCGUCAAGACUUUGCUGAAAAACUUCCAAAGAAUUGAUAUCCUUAUUAACGCUGCUGCGGGUAACUUUCCUGUGCCCUGCUGCCUCCCUCUCACCAAAGGGAUUCAAAACAGGUGUGUUUUGCACGACCCCUGCAUUACUCGCUUGCUCCUCGACAUUGAUACCGUAGGAACGUUCAGUGUAACUCGAGCUGUGUACGACCUAUGCUUUAAGGAGCAAGGCGGUGGAGUGGUAAUCAAUAUCACAGCCACCUUGCACUACACAGGAACUGUGCUCCAAGUACAUGCUGGCUCUGCUAAAGCUGCCGUCGAUGCGAUGACGCGUCACCUUGCUGUGGAGUGGGGCCCACAAGGAGUCCGCGUGAACAGCAUAGCUCCUGGCCCAAUUGCAGGCACUGAAGGAAUGAGAAGAUUAGGUGGGGCCACUAGUGCAGCAAGGGAGUUUCUGCAGCAGCAAAUUCCGCUCCAGAGACUGGGUACACGGACAGACAUAGCCGAGGCAGCUCUCUACUUGGCCAGCGAUCUCUCGUCCUACGUGACGGGAUCUGUGCUGGUUGUGGAUGGAGGAGCGUGGAUGACUAGUGGGAUGGACCUAGAUACAAUGGCCAACAUACACAGCAAACUCUAGCUCUUUAACGAUAUUCAAUUACGUGUGUUUUCUUGAAAAUCGUGUCUGAUACUGUUGAAUAUGUAGGUUUUACUCUUUCUAUAAUAUACGUGUGAAAUUUUAUCGCUUCUUGGCAAAUAAUAUCAA